AUGCAUCAUCAUCAUCCUCGAGGUUUCAGUUUUAAUAAACUUAAAAAUAAAGUAGUUCAUAGACAUUCAACUGAUUCAAAUUUAGAUACAAUACAUGGUAAUAAUAAUAGGAGGAAUAGUUUAGAUAAUAAUACAAAUAAUUCUAUUCUUCAUAAUAAUAAACAUAAUUCUCAUUCUAAUCAUCAUAGUUAUUUCCAUAAGAGUGAAACACCUCCCCGAGAACAUAUAUCAGCUGCAUCAAGAUUAAGAUCAACUUCAUUAACUUUUCAUCAUGAUUCAUCAAAACAUAAUAAUAACACAAAUAACAAUAAUAGCUUAGAUUCACCAAGAUCACGAUCUAGAUCGAGAUCCAAAUCAUCAACUAAUCAUCAUUCUCAAACUUUAUCACCUUCAAAUAUUUUUAAAUCAAAUAAAACUAAAGAAUUAAUUAAACAAGAAACUUCAAAUGUAUUACUGAAAAAAUUAAUUAAUAUGUUAAAUGAUAUAGGUUUACAACAACCAAUUCCUUUAAAAACAACAACUUCAGGUUCAUUAUCAAAAACAGUAAAAAUUUAUGUUUCAAAUUCAAAUGAUUGUAUAUAUUUACCACCUGCAGUAUCAACAAGUUUUACAUAUGAAGAUGUUGAAAAUGGAGGUAAUGUUCAAAGAUCAAUGGAUGAAUCAUUAACAACUUCUUCUUCUUCAUCUUCAUUAAUUAAUGAGGCUCAGUUAGUUGAAGAUCAAUUUCCUAAUACUAAUACUAGAUCAUCAUCAUUAUCAACAUCCAAUACAAUGAUUGAUGAAAGUUCAAUAAUAAGAAGAAUGAAAAAAUUUCAUAGUCCAAAUUAUUUAAAUUCAAAAAUUGAUUCAGAUUUACCAAUACCUCAUACAUUUGCAGUAAUAAUAGAAAUAACAAAAGAUUUAACAACUUCAAAAGAUUUAAUUUUUAAAUUUCAAUCAUCAACUCAAAUUUUAUGGCCAACUGGUGAUGCAUAUAAUAGAUCCCAAGUUAAAGAAAAAUUUAAAAUUGGAGAUAUGGAAUGGAAUACAAAUUUUCAAAAUGCUGAUUAUUUUAUAAGUUCUUUAAAUUCAAAUGAUUUUAAAUUAAAAAAUAUUGGACCUGAUGAUUUAGCUAGAAGAUCAAGAGAAUAUAAAUUAAUUGAUAAUUCAAAGACUAGUAAUUCAAAAGAUGAUGAAGAUUCUUCUCCUCCACCAACACCACAACCACAACAAUCGACAUCAUCUUCAUCAUCAUUAAAUGAGUCAGAAUCAACAACCUCACACACAUUUCCCCAUUCACAUUCAAAUUCACAAUUCAAUUCAGAACAUAAAGCUGGUCUUUAUGUAUUCUUAUUACCAAUUUUAUUACCAGAGCAUAUUCCACCAUCAAUAGUAUCAAUUAAUGGUACUUUAAGUCAUACAUUACUGAUUAAUUUCAAUAAAAUAAGUGAUAAAUUAAAUAGAAAAUUAAAAGUAAAUGCAUCAUAUGCUAUACCAAUGGUUAGAACCCCUCCGAAUUUUGCAAAUUCAAUAGCUGAUAAACCAAUAUAUGUAAAUAGAGUAUGGAAUGAUUCAGUUCAUUAUAUGAUUACUUUCCCCAAAAAAUAUAUAUCAUUAGGUUCAGAACAUGUUAUAAAUGUAAAAUUAGUUCCAUUAGUUAAAGAUGUUAUUCUAAAAAGAAUAAAAUUUAAUGUAUUAGAAAGAAUUACUUAUGUUUCAAAAAAUUUAAAAAAAGAAUAUGAUUAUGAUAGUGAAGAUCCAAAUUUUUUACAUCCUGCUAAUAAAGAAAAUAAAAUAAGAGAAAGAAUUAUAAGUUUAUGUGAAUUAAAAACAAAACAUAAACAAUCUUCAAAUUCAAUGGGAGAUUCUUAUAAAGAAGAAAUUAUAAAAUGUCCUGAUAAUAAUCUUUUGUUUUCUUGUUAUGAACCAGAAAAUGAUUUAAAUAAUAAUAAUAAUUCAAAAAAGAAGAACAAUAAUAAAGAUAAAGAUAAAACUAUGAUUGCUUCUCCAAUUGAUAUUAAUAUUGCAUUACCUUUUUUAACUACAAAAACUGAUAAAUUUAUGAUGACUAGUUCUUCUUCAACUUCACCAACAUCGACAUCAUUUUUAGAUGAUGACCCUAUAACAACAAAUACUACAAAUACAUCCUUUUCUAAUUCUACUACAACAUCCACAACAGCAACUAAUUCAACAUCAAGAAAAGCUUCAGUAGUUGAUACAACAAAUUCUUUAAAUUCACCAAGUUCACCAAUAAUAGGAGCAUUAGAAACAAAUUUAUCAAAUGUAGAUGAAAUAGGAUUACAUGAUCAAAAAAAACAUCCAAUAUCACAAUAUUUAUCAGAUGAUUUAUUAUCUAAAUCACAACCACCAGAAAAUAUAAAAAAUGGUUAUACAUUAAUUUCAAGAGCUUUAUAUCCAGAUUCAAAUUUUAAACAUAUUCAAAUAAAUCAUAGAUUACAAAUUUGUUUUAGAAUUUCAAAACCUGAUCCAAAAGAUGAUUUUAAAAUGCAUCAUUAUGAAGUUGUUGUUGAUACUCCUUUAAUUUUAUUAAGUUCUAAAUGUAAUGAUGGUUCUAUUCAAUUACCAAAAUAUAAUGAAGUUGAAUUGACAAGUAAUUCUAUUAAUAAUUCUAGUUCAACUUCAUCGAAUAGUGCAUCAUCAAAUGGAAUUCUGUUUAAUACUCCAAAUUAUAAAAAUAUUAAAAAUGGAAUUAUAAUAAAACCAUGGAAUCCAAAUGAAGAAUCACCAGGAAGUGGUGGUGGUAAUGAUGAACAAUUACCAUCAUUUGAAGAAGCAAUAACAACAUCAACUAUAUCAAAUCCUUCUUCUCCUUCACCAUUAUUUAAAACUUUAUCAAUACCUGAAGAUCCCCUUAGUAGAAUUCCUUCAAUACCAAUGAUUUUACCAAAUGAACCUGCUCCUGCUUAUGAAAUUGAAGAUCAAUCUUCAUUAUCUCCAACUCCUACACCUCCAAAUGCUUCUUUGCAAUUGCAGCAGCAGCCACAGCAACAACAACAACCAGUACAUCAACAUCAACAACAACAACCAAGGGAUCUGGUAAGUUCAUUAAAUAUAGAUGAAAUAGUAAAUAUAAAUGAUAAAAAUUUAAAUUUAAAUCAAGUUAAUAAUUCAAUUGGAAAUUUAGAAAGAAGACAAUCAAGUAUAAAAGAAAGUUUAUCACAAUCUUUUAAAUCUAAUCAUACUAUUAAUAAUUCGAAUCAACUGAAUCAACAAUUGAAUCAGAAUAAAAAUGUUGAAUCUUCAUCUAGAGAUGAUGAUGAUGAGGAUGGUAGUAUUCAACUGAGUUCUUCUUCUUCUUUAUUGUUGAAUCAUGGUAUUAAUACUGGGGUAACUGGUAUUGGUGGUGUUAAUAAUAAUAAUAAUGAUGUUGGUGGAAAUGGUAAUGUUGACGGUCGUGAUGGUGAAGGAGUCAGUCCUCCUUCUUCAACUGUACCUGAUUCAACAAGUAUAGUUAGUUCAUUAAGUAAUGAACAACGAAGUGAAGAAAAUCAAGAAAAUAAUUCAACUAAUUUACCUGGUCAUUUUGCCAGUUUUGAAAAUCGUGAAGAAUUUGAAAGCUCUGAUAAUGAAGAAGCUAUUUUGGAUGAUGAAGAUGAAGAUGAUGAUGAUGCUUUAAUAAACGAUGGAUUAGAUGAUGAGAGAAAUGAAGAAUCAGAUGGAUCAGAUGAUGAUGAUGAUGAGAAUUUAGUUAUCAACAGUUAUCAACCUCAAUUUUCAACUUCAUCAUCAAAUACAAUUAAUACAAAUGGAGAAAUAUCAAAAAUUAUUCUGGAAGAUCUGGAUGAUGAUGAAGAUGAAAAUGAUAAUGAAAUAAAUAAAAAUAAAUUUUAUAAAGAUGAAAAUGAUUAUAAUGAAGAUGAUGAAAAUGAAGAAGAAAUGAAAUUUAAUCAAAGAUUACCAUUAUUAAAACAUAUAUCAACAGAAUCCAUAAAAACUAUAAAUUCAACUACUUCAUAUAUUUCAUCACCUAAUUUAUUAAGGUAUCCACAACAACAACAACAAAAUCAACAACAAAGACCUCAAUAUAUGAGAAAUAAUACAAUUUCAUCAUCAACUUUAUCAUUAAAUCAACAACAAAGACAAUCAACUGAUAACUUAUCUUUGGUUCCUGUAUCUACUAGUUCUUCAAGUUUACUCAAUUUAAAACCUCAAGAUAUUCAACAUUUUGAUUAA